AUUAAUAUUGAUAUAAUACUAUGUUUAAAUAAUGGGUUUAUGUUAUUACCAUAAUAAUAUUUUUUAUUAAUUUUCAUUGAUUAAUAGACAAAUAAAAUUUCUUUUUCUAAUACUGGCCACUUUUUUCCAAUACGUGGCAUAGGCACGAACAAACUUCCACGUUCGCCGCCAUUUUGACAUCCAGCGAAUUGUAAAGAAUUCAUUGGACUAUAACGUUUUUUCUUGAUUUUAUAGACUUUUGCUUCUGAAAAUACUACUUGCAAAGCUUAAAAAUGGGGAAUAUGUUUGCAAAUUUAUUUAAAGGCCUAUUCGGCAAAAAAGAAAUGAGAAUAUUGAUGGUCGGUUUGGAUGCUGCUGGUAAAACUACAAUUCUAUACAAACUAAAAUUAGGAGAAAUUGUUACAACAAUUCCCACUAUUGGAUUCAAUGUGGAGACUGUAGAAUACAAAAACAUUAGCUUCACUGUGUGGGAUGUUGGUGGUCAAGACAAAAUUAGGCCACUGUGGAGGCAUUACUUCCAGAAUACACAGGGUCUCAUCUUUGUAGUAGACAGUAAUGAUCGAGAGCGUAUUGGCGAAGCACGCGAGGAGCUCAUGAGAAUGUUAAGUGAAGACGAACUUCGAGAUGCAGUUCUUUUGAUCUUCGCAAAUAAGCAGGAUCUGCCAAACGCAAUGAACGCAGCUGAGAUAACGGACAAGCUGGGGCUGCACUCACUGCGCAACCGCAACUGGUACAUCCAGGCCACAUGCGCCACGUCCGGCGACGGGCUGUACGAGGGACUCGACUGGCUCUCCAACCAGCUCAAGAACGCUAACCGCUAACCGCAUGUGCGCUACCAACUCACAGACAAAUCUGAUUACUGAAAGAGACUAUGGUUUAAGAUAUGUUAACUUUAUUUGCUAUACAAUACAAUGUAUUAUGUGCGGUUCAUAAAUGUAUUAUUGACGCGUCACCUGGCGACCGAGCUGGCACCGCAUCGGUCCGAACUUGCAUCCACCGGGAGAUGACGUGGCGUCGCGUGUGGGCCUCCUCCAUCCUAGUACCUCGCACUAGGAUCAUUUACGUAAUGUUCUGUAGACGGCUAUGCAUGUACAAAUAUAUCGGGUUAAUGCUGUACUUAGUCAAAUGGUAUUAGGGUCCAUAUUGUUAGGUGGGAUGCGUUGUUUGUUCGAUCCUUGAUGACGUUGAACAAAAUAUAGUGUGUAAAGAUAAUGCAAAAUUACCAGCAAAUUUUGUUUAUAUUACAUCAAUUUUUUAAGGAAAGAUGGUGUAACAACAUUUAUGGGAGUGAUCGCGCAUUGUGAUGUGGAUAGGUAUGUAGCUGACACGUGAUACAGUGAAUCACAGAAUCACAGGCGAACAUGUUUAAUAUGUAUACUAUGUGGAAUAAGUUGUCGUAAUAAAGUAUUUAAAGUUAAUUCACGUUUUAUGAGUUUAAUUUAGUUUAUGACUGUAGUGACCUACAUUCGGCUGAAUAGGUGAUAUUGUAGAUUAUGUUAGGUCGGUCGGACAGGAUCGCUGUGUCGCUUCACCGAGUGGCAGCACAGCCGCAGCCUAUUCACAUCGCUUUGAGUUGUUUACCGAUUCUAAUAUCAUUUUAUUAUCCGACUAAAUUGUGCAUAUUCCACUCAACUUGAAUGACUUAUUGUAUGAUGAUAGAUUAUUUUUAUGGAAGUUAUCUAGGUAGAUUAAGCUGUUGUGUAUUUAACAUUCAUACCAGUUCUGAUGACGAUUCUCGAACGUUGAUUGAAACGGUCCAUUUUGAUCGCUCAUUGCCCUGCAUUUAGUCUAUUCCUGUCGCGGUAAACCGAGAUUAACUUGUAAUUUAGGUGUAAAAUGUAUUAGAUAAACACGGUGUCAUUUUGAGAAGUGUUUCCGCCUACAGGGAAACAGUGCUCAGAAUAUCUAUGCGGUACUUUGCUCUUACACAAUUAAUUAUAACUUAGCAUUUUUAUAAUAAUUUAGAAGAAAUUGUUAAAACACAAUCCAUGAAUACAAUUAUGUGGCGUGUGUGGUGGAGUCUUCAUUAUUUUUAUGACAAACAAAUAUGAAAAUGCGUAAUGUGACAUUCCGGUUUGUCUUUUGCUGUAUUAUGGAAUAAAAUAUCCUCACCAAUU